AUGUCUGCACUUGCAUACAAAAUUUCUACGAUCUUGUUUCAUAGUGGAGUGAAACACCAAGACUUGAUUCGUUUGCAAAAGCUUGGCCUGUGCAUGUCACCGAAUUCUAUUAUCAAGUUCCAGAAAGAGAUUGGAGAAAAUAGUGAAGCCAAAAUUUAUCACUGGAAAAAAGAAAUAGAAAAGAAUGCUUUGGCGAAGUUGUUGCUUGAUGAGGUAAAAAAAAAGCAAAUUGGAAUAUGUGAUGAGAAUGAUAUGAUGGUUGAUUCAGUAAUUGAUUUUUCAGAAGAAACUAUAAUGAGUUACAAUCACUACAAACCACAUUUGUUUCAGUUUUGUGCCUCUCUUCUGGACUCUGGUGCGAAAGACAAUUUAACUGAUGAUGAUUUAUAUGCUGCCUUAUUCAAGCUUACUAGUGAAAAACUUCCUCACUACAGGUAGGCUAUGUUUUGUUAGUUUCAUUUUUUAGCCUUCACAUAUGACUUAUGGACCAGUCAGAAUAAAUCCCCCCCCAUACCAGAGAGGGAGGGGACUUGGUGGGGAAAGUGGUAAUUUUUUAUUGUAAAUAUGUCCCCAAUAAUGGGGGACUUGGACAACAUUUUCUUUUUUACUACCCCUCUAAGUCAAUUAUUCCUGCCUUCUCCAGUUGAGGGGGGGGGAGGCUGUGUUUUACGCCGAACGGUACAUUAUCUAACAGCCUUUACUGUAAUACCAAAUUUGCCUUGAUUUUUCUAACACUUUACAGUAAGAUUACCGCAAACGGCAAAUCUCAAAUAAAAGUUUGAGGUUAAAUGCAUGAAUUAACAACUUACUUGUAGCUGUUGAAAACUUGAUUAUAUAUAUAUAUUCAUUUGAUGCUUUUUUAGAUUGGUUGGUGACAACAUAGAUUUUGUGAUACAUGCACGUAUCCAAAGUGAGAUGCAUACCAAUAAAGAUAUACACUGGACCCGAGAGUAUACAGUCGUUAAUAAAGUGAAUGAACCAUUUAUGUCCACAAUGACCCCACAGAAACCCCCAAAGGAAAUACAAUUAAUCAACUUGCUUCCUGUUAAGCCUGUUCAGGAGAGGCUAAUACAAAAAUGGGCAGUAUUGACAAGCAGGGUAAUAUGCAAGUACAUGCUAAAGUUUCAACAUCUGAAAGAUGUUGUCAUUUAUCACAUAGCCCACAACUACUCCAAGGAAAUGGCAUCUAAAUCAGCAACUGUAAGUAGUCCUGUUUUUCAGUUGUAUGGUACGGUGUGUGUCGAAUUUUGGGCAUAUUGUUAAUUGAACGACUGGCUUUGUUUUGCAUCUUAGGUAUUUAUGUAAACAAUAUUCAAUAUAAUUGUUUUUGUUUGUGGAUACACCACGUAAAUUUAUUACUGCAAUUUAUUAUUUAUUUACGUGGUGUUUCCACAAACAAAAACAAUUAUAUUUUAUCGCCAUGCAAACAUUCAAAGAACUUAAUAUUCAAUAUUUAUUAAGAAACUGCACCAUUUACAAAAGAAAAAAAUACAUAUAAUUCACAAAGAGAUUACAAUCCAAAUUAAUACUCAUUGAUGACUACUUUAACGUUCAAAUAUACAUAUUAAUAUAUUAAUAUAUUAAUAUUGAGCUUAAUAUUUUGUAUCACAAUCUAUUUUGUAUUUUUGUUAAUAACGUUUUAUUUGUUGUUCCCAAUUUAUAUACAUGUAUAUUCUCAUCCAAGAAAUAUGCCCAAAUAAUUAAUAAAAUUUUUUUGUUCAGUAUUAAUUUAUUUUAAUUAAAUAAUACUACAGCAAAUUGAAAUUGCUAAAUACUGAACAAAAAAAAACAUUUUAUUAAUUAUUUGGGCAUACUGUAUACCAUGACUACGUAAUGGUAUCCUGGAAAUUCAUAGAUAAUUUAUUUAUAGCCCAAUAUUUAAUAUCAAUUUGUAUGUACAAAAUAUGAAAAUUAGUAACAGGCCAAGUGUAGAGCCUUUUAUAGUGUUUCUGAUUCUGUACAACCUAUUUUUUCUGAUUCUGUACAACCACAUGACACGAAGCCAGUUGUGGGUUUUGAUGGUUAGAUUAAAUAGAUCAUGAGCAAUCGGCUUAACAAAGGUAAAGCAAACUGUCAGGUGCACAGGAUAACAUUUUGGCUAUGAUUGAAUAACAAUCACAGCAAUACAGACUAUACAUUGUACAGCUAAAGUACAAGAUCGAAUGUGACCAGGGUUGGUAAGUUAGAUGAAUAAUUAGGCCAAAUUGUCAUUAGUGCCAUUUAGAAAACAAAGAAAACAAAAGGCCAAGACAAAGAAAACAUUUUAAUAGGCCUAGUGUGAUGAUGUUUGGCCUAAUUAUUCAGCAAACCUACCAACCCUGAAUGUGACCACUGCAAUGUCUUAGGAUUAUUAUAUUGUUACUGUUGUACAUGUAUUAUUUGUUACAGUGUUGCCUUGGUCUACAGUUCCAUAAUCCGAACGUUGCAAGUGAAAUGGCUCAGUUUCUUAUCUCAAAUCAUGAAAAAUAUGUGCCAUGCUAUGGAGAGACAAAUGGCGUCAUUCUCACAGUUCCAUUACAUGGUGAUCAACUAUUCGAAGAGAGGGCCAGAAACACCCAAUGGACCUAUCAAGAUGGAAAUAACUUAAGUGACAAACUUCAAGGACUUAGAACUGAGUUUGCAGAUUGGCAUGCAAAACUUAAUUUGUAUAUGGUUUGUUGAAUAAUUUUUAUAUAAAAAAUAUUCAAAUUACAUCAUCCUCUCAUCAAUUACAGAACAACAUUUUGAUUUUCGGUGCAUAAAACAGUAUAUCACAUUAAAGUCUAAAGAAACUAGAAACAUGAUUUAACCAAUUAAGGGCCACAGGCUCACUCAGGCUACUAAUUUGGCUAAUUGUGUAGCAUUCUCCUCUUAAUGGAUUAAAUUAUUGCUAUAAAUUUAAGAGAAAUGCUGCUGUUUGUUUUUAAUUUUCAGAGCAUCAGUAUAAAACUGAUGAUGGAUCACAAUAGUUUAUGUGUUCUUUCAUUAAGGUUGAAUUUGACAAAUUUGUUUCAAAUGCAUCAGCAUCUGACAUUGGCACCUCUCGCGCAAACAUGAAUAGAACUGGAAAGUACAAUGCUGCGAAGGGAGGUGAACGCCAUUACAACGAAUAUAAAGAAUUUCAUCAACGUGAAAUUGAGGCCCACAUUUGUGCAUCAUUCAUGGAAAUGUCUGGAAUGAAUAACUUAUCAGGUACAUGUAUGAAAUUUAUUAUUAACCCUUUUAAUGGCAGUGUGCCCUUAUGUUCCCUACCUUAUUAUUUUACUCUGUCUAAUGCCAGAUGAUUUUAAUAUUCAAGGGGAGAUUGCAAUAGUGAGUGCCACUCAAUGCAUUAAUCAUUUGCCCAUGCAUCCUAUUAACCCUUUAAGUGGUAAUGCACCCUCAUGUUCCCUACAUUAUUUUCCUAUGUCUAAUGCCUAAAGGGGUUAUACUGUAUAUAGAUUUAUUUAGUAACAUAAAUUAAUACAUAAAUUGCUUACAAAUGACAUGGGAAAUUUAUAUAAAUUUUAUUAACUCUAAGCUCAUUUUUAACAUUAUAAAUAAAUAUUAACUCAGCCACUAAUUGGGAUUGCACCCCUAAUAGUAUUUACUAUCAAUGUGAAACAUCAAACAUUGUCAUUUGACAAGGGUUAAAUUGCUGCUUAAUGGUUUUUAUAAUUAAAAGCUACUCUGAUUUUUAAAUGCCAUAAUUUAAAGAAGUCACAGGUAACAACCCAAUUAUAACACUAUAAAUGUCUAUUGUCUUCAUCAGGAGCGAUCAUAUCCUACUGUAACAUAUUUACUGUAUUAACAUGUACAAACUAAAGUACAAUUAUAUUCUGUUGUAAUGGCUUACUAUUAUAAUUUAUUUACCAUAGAUGCACCAAUUAUGAUGUUCCUAAUACAGAUGUCCCAAGAGAAGACAGAAGGAAAUGGUUUUUGGAGCUGUGUGUCCAAUAUGUCAACAAAUUUCUUAUAAAUUUUGAAGUUGAGCCUUUUCUGCAAGCUUCAACUGAUACAUUCCCUUGCCGAAUUGAAGGAUGUACUAAGAUGUAUGCCCACCAUUCUAUGCGUGUCAAGUAUGUAUAUUCAAUCCUGUACUGUAGUUAUUAAUUAUAUUUUCCAUUUCCCUAAUAGAUCACCCCUAUUAGUUCCCAACCACUUCUUUUAUAGUAUUACUCUUUUUAACAACAGAUGAUUUUACUCGUCAAGGGAUAAACUUUAGGACUCAAAUGGUUAUAACUAUACCUAAUUUGUAUGUUGACAUCACAGCCAUAAGUUAACAAAUUCCAAUUCGAGUCAAGAUAUUUUAAUAUUUUAAAUAUAUUUUUAGACAUGAAGUCACAAGUCAUGGACGUGUGUUUGAAAAAUUUGAAUUAAGUGAGAGAGAUUCCUUAGGUUUCUAUCAUUGUAGAUUCUAUUGUGGACUUGUUUUUUCAACAACAUCUAUUAGAAACAGGUACUAAAUGUCAUAAUUUAACAGAAAAUACUCUGUACCCAAAAUUUGACUGAACACCUUAGAGAAUAAACUUGUCGAGCAAUCCAGCAUUAUAUAUUCAGAACAAAAUGCUAACCAUAUCCAGCUUCCAUUAUACUUGAGUUAAGCAAGGGCUAACCCAUUAAGUUAUAAAUAGUAGCAGGAAUGAAUUUUUAUACUUGCACCAUUGCCCUUAUUGAGUUAAAUACAUCACUGUCUGGUGCGAUUUCAAUGUAAAAUAUUCCAUUAGUAUCUGUUAGUAACACUUUGAUAUUGUUAUUUUAGACAUGAAAGUUCAAAGCACCCAGAAUCACAGUUGUCUCAACAGCAGGGAAGUCAACAGAGUGACACAGAAAACCAAACACCUGAUGAAGACUACCUGUUCAACUAUCAUAAUUCCAAGCUUUCAUUUGGCCUCAUUCUUAUGGAAUUCAAUGACGCAAUAAAAGAAGGAGAUGGUGAACGGUUGCAUGACUUGUAUAAAUUUGCCCUAGUACUGUUCAAAGCCCAUGGAAAGGUCAAGUACUCUUAUGCAAUUCUAAUGUAUUUAGUGCAAAUUGAGAGUUUUCUGUCUGAAGCAGAUGCACACAAUCUCAAGUGGAAUCGCUUCUAUAAUAAUCAUGGAAGAGUUGGUGGAAACAUACCACUUGAUCUAAGGAUGGAACAAUUGAACAAAAUUGUCAAAACCAUGUGGAGAUCACUUGGAGCAAAUCUGAAUGAAAAGUCUGCCACACGGCUGGCCAAUACCAUAGAACCUAUGGAGCAAAUUUUGAAUACUAUUGACAGGGAGUGUGAAAUAACUGACAGUGCUGGAUUUCGAUCAAAAGGGAAGCCAGAAACAGCUAUUGAAAUCAUUAGUAAGGACUUGUUGAAGAUAAAUGCAUUUAAGUAUGAAGCUGGGAGGAAAGGACACCCAUCAUAUCCUAACAUUUCUUCAAAUUUGUUGAAAGGCCUUGACUACAGGGAUUUACAUACCUGGAUUAAAGGACAUAUAAAAACUUGGGAAUCAGUUUAUGAACUAAAUACAUAA